AUGAUCCCGCUUGGCGAGUUCCGCGAACAGCUCCAGGCACUAAUUCCAGUAUUACAGCUUUGGCCAAAAUGUCUCAGUGUGCAUGCUUCUCUGAACGGCGAGGCGCUCAUAGGGCUGGCGGAGCAUCCGACGCUGGCCUUCUACACGUAUGAGUUUGAGAUAGGGUACUCGCAGACGUACCAAGAGCCCCGACUGAUAUUCAAGAUAUGGGAAGCGACAACUGAGCAAGGAGCUGAACUGCAACGUCCAUGCUUCCCUGCUGACUUAUCAAGGCUCAUGAACGUGCAGGACUUUAGCAUAGGCCUUGACCACCUGCACGAAGCACGCAAAGAUAGCUGGUUUAGCGUCCAUGCUUGCGACACCUCACAUAUAGUAGGGUCAGUGAAGCAUCAUUACCUUAAACGCUGGGCUUCUGUUUACUUGUCGCUGUUUGACCCGUGUUUUUCUAACACGUAUUUAUUCGUUGAUGAUGUAUGA